AUGAAUGAGAAAUCUUGUUUUGAGCUUUGGAUUCAUCUUCGUCGAAAUCAAGCCAAAACUAUGAAAAUCACACGACCAACGAACCAACUGCCUAAAUUGAAGCCGGAUCAGUCAAUGGAUAUUCCUCUAAGCUCGAGUCUAAACAGUGCUAAGCUUUUCUUGGCUUGUCCUCUCGCUAAGAACUUGCUGCUGAGGACUAACAAGUUCAGCAUCAUUUCCUGUAAAGCAUGCAGAAAAUCUGGAGAAAAAAGAGGGAUUAUCGAAUCCUAUGAAGUGCUCUCUCUUGAUUUCAACAAUUCAGGUGUAGAUGAGAUAAAGAAAGCAUACCGGAACAUGGCUCUUCGUUGGCAUCCCGAUGUGUGUGAUCCUGAUAGGAGAGCAGAAUGCACACAGAUGUUUAUGCACGUAAACAAGGCUUACAAAACACUGCUAGAUCAAACCUUGCAAGAGGAGUAUAGCUGGGAACUAGGGUCAAGAGAUAAGCGGGGCAACGAUGAACUUUCAAGAGAAAGGUGGGAAAGCCAGCUUUUCGAACUGCGUAGGCGGUCGCAAAAGGAGGGAAGCUGGGGCAGCCGAAUGAGGGCUCAACUCAGGCAUACUUGAAAGAGCUACAAGUUCCACAUUCUUAUUCUUUUCAAUUAUUUCAUUCUUAUCUCUUCAUUAUUUAUCGGUUAUUU